AUGCCUUACCCAGCAGAGGAUGUGAAGGGAAAACCUGAGAAAGUGCAUGACUUUCCGUUCUUGCCCUGGCCCGGGGAGGCGCUAGUGGCUGUCAGUGCGAAUUUCUUGAAGAGUUUCAAGAUCGACACAACUGAGGAGAAUCGCAACCGCUUGUAUGAGUUGAUGGCCUCUUUUCAGAAUCGGAUCCGCGACAUGUCGUCCACGUAUUUGUCGCGGAUGCGGAAGCAUGUCUAUGUCACACCCAGGAGUUUCCUGUGCUUCAUCGAGUACUACAAAAAGCUCUAUGCUGCCAAGUACAAUGAAGUCAAUGUGCAGGAGAAGAGCGUCAACAUCGGCUUGCGCAAGUUGGAAGAGGCCGCCAAAAGCGUGCUCGAAAUGCAGGCGGAAACUGAAAGACAAGAGGAGGUGCUCCGGAUGGAAAGCAUCAAAACCAAUGAGCUCUUGAACAAGGUACACGGCGAGAAGAGCAGGGCAGAAGACAAGGCCGAAGAGGUCGGAAGCAUCGCUAAGGACUGUGAAGAAAAUGCCUCGGUUAUCGAUGCCGACAGAGAAGAGGCGAAUAGGCAGCUCCAAGAGGCGUUACCCUACCUCUACGAGGCCAAUGCCGCCUGCCAGUCCAUCAAAGAUAAGGACAUUGUGGAACUGAAGGGAAACAAAGCACCGGUGGACAUAGUCAAGCUGACCUUCGACGGUUUGCUGCUACUGAUGGGGAACAAAGUCUCCGAGAACCGCCUGUGGCUGGCCGUGGCUGUGCGGCUUCUAGCUGCUGUGGAACUUGAAGAUCCUGAGUUGACCAGGUCCAUCCAAAAUCUUUUUGAGGAGGAAGCUGAACCUGCCGUGAGUCACACGAAGCUGGUAGACCCUUUCGAGGAACCAAAGGAGUUCGAUUCCGCUUCGGCAGAUCCAUUUGCUGAGUUGGAGAAGCAAUCAGUCAAACCAUCAGCGAAGAUGGCUACACCAAAGGAUCCAUUUGCUGAGUUGGCUUCGGUUAGCCAUUCUGCUCCAGUUGCGCUGAAGGAUCCAUUUGCCGAGUUGUCUUCCGUUAGCCAUUCUGCUCCAGUUGCGCUGAAGGAUCCGUUUGCUGAUUUGGCUUCUAGCAAAGCUCCGGCUACCCCAAAGGAUCCAUUUGCUGAGUUGUCUUCCGUUAGCCAUUCUGCUCCAGUUGCGCUGAAGGAUCCGUUUGCUGAUUUGGCUUCUAGCAAAGCUCCGGCUACCCCAAAGGAUCCAUUUGCUGAGUUGUCUUCCGUUAGCCAUUCUGCUCCAGUUGCGCUGAAGGAUCCGUUUGCUGAUUUGGCUUCUAGCAAAGCUCCGGCUACCCCAAAGGAUCCAUUUGCUGAGUUGGCUUCCGUUAGCCAUUCUGCUCCAGUUCCCCCAAAGGAUCCAUUUGCUGAGUUGUCUUCCGUUAGCCAUUCUGCUCCAGUUGCGCUGAAGGAUCCGUUUGCUGAUUUGGCUUCUAGCAAAGCUCCGGCUACCCCAAAGGAUCCAUUUGCUGAGUUGGCUUCCGUUAGCCAUUCUGCUCCAGUUGCGCUGAAGGAUCCGUUUGCUGAUUUGGCUUCUAGCAAAGCUCCGGCUACCCCAAAGGAUCCAUUUGCUGAGUUGUCUUCCGUUAGCCAUUCUGCUCCAGCAACUUCAGUUGCACCAGCGACUCCGGCCAUGAAAUCAGCAGGUCCCAAGUCAGUUCCCUUGAUCCCUUCAGCAACCGUUCAAGCGAAGCCUACCCCAGCUGAGGUGAAGAUUCCGCAGAGCCCUGUGGCCCAAAAUGUCACUGCCUUGUUGAAAGAUAAGGGCUCGGCCAAGGUGAAUGAAACCAAGGUAGUGAAGUUGAACAGCACCAAGAGUGCUGCCAAUAGAAAUCAUGGAACUGCUCAGAAAGUCGUUGCCUCCAACCAGAUGAAGAUGAAUCACAAUGAUUCCAUCCAUUCCGCCCCAACUUUACCAGCAGAGAUCAAGAUCCAACCCACCAAGCGAUCUCACUUCCUCCAUCCCAAGGUGGAGACCAAGAUGACCUCCCCUGAGGCAACCCCCCAACCAGCUCAGGUAGCACCGAAUCUGCAGAGGUCUCCCAGUUCUUUGGCAGCUUUCUGGUCCUCAGAGCCUCGAAGGCCUCCAGAACCGAAUCCCAAAAUGGCUCCCUUGGCUCUGGUACAGCACCAGGCGGCUCGCAAAGGGAUCGAUUUUACGAAAGUUCAGGAGACAAAGGAAGAUGGGGAACCUGAAAUUUCCAUCAGUGAACCCUUCGCAUCCUGGGAAGCUGAAGACCAGCGCGAACAGCAACGCCUUCACGCCUUAGACCGACGCUUGCGACUGCGGGCCCGCCGGAAGGAGGACCAGGAAGGGCGGACGGAGGUCUCCCAACGCUCAGUGAAGCUGGUGGAAACCUCGAAUUUGUGGGCUAAAUUGGAGGAAGAGGAUCAAGAGAUAGAGGAUAAGAUCGUGGAUUUGGAUGACCCCCGUCGUCCUGUGGAUCUGAGACAGUACCAACAGCUCAACAACAUGCAGGAUGCGUCCAUGGCGCAGUUGGAGGGUCCAAAAUCCGCUCUCUGAGUGCUGGUGAAAUAUGUGAAAUGUGGGCACCAAAAACGACAGUCCGG